AUCAGUGUAUCAGUGUGUAGUGAACUACUGUAACUUCGCCUCAUUGUGGCGUUUGUGUUUUCAUCUUUUAUUUCUCAUUUUUCUGUCUUAUUUUUGAGUAAACUGUUUAUUUUGUUUGCACUCUAUGUAGUCAGUUAAAUUCUGCAUCCCAUAAGUGUGAAAGUGUUCAAGAAAUUGAACAGCAAGAGGUAAAAAGAGUUGGUUUCGGGGGAAGGCGCAAAACGGAGGAAGAGAUGGCGACGCUUUCCCAGAACGAACAAAAUAUGAACAUUUUGCGGGAGGCUGAUUUGAAAAAGGAGCCCCGGAUGGAAGACAAAAUGCCACGUACCUUCAAUGAAAAGGAAAAUUUGGACACAAAGCCCGUCCGGGUGGACAAUGUGUUCAAGGGAAGGGAGAAUCUCAAGAAUAUUCUCAGGUCCAAGUGCGAAAAUGUCGUGCCAGUUGUGCAGAGUCAGAUUGCCAUUUACCAGGAUGACGAUGAUGACGAGGAAGCUGGUGCCUUCGGCAAGAAAGAUGCGGAUGUUUCAAUCAGGAGCGAAAUGUCCAUAGAACUCAAUGAAUCUGCAAAUGCCGGCACAUCCAACACAAAUUGCAGAAAUCCUCUUCAGGAACUUCCGCUACCUGUGACAAAGCCAGAAAGUAUCAGUAUGAUAACUGAUCGUGAGCGCUUCCUGCAGAUCUAUGAGUAUCGGUAUGAUAUUCUUAAGUAUUUAUUUGAGGCGGAACAUCGAUCGCGCCCCAAGAGCAAUUAUCUGCAGAAGCAGCCAGAUAUUAAUAGUCACAUGCGAACUGUGCUGGUGGAUUGGAUGGUGGAGGUUUGUGAGGAGUACAAGUUGGACUGUGAGACUCUCUAUCUGGCCAUCUCCUAUGUUGAUCGCUUCCUCAGCUACAUGUCAGUGGUGAGGGGAAAGUUGCAAUUGGUCGGAACAACGGCAAUGUACAUUGCGGCCAAAUAUGAGGAGAUUUAUCCUCCGGAUGUGUCAGACUUUGUCUACAUCACCGAUGAAACGUAUACCAAUAAGCAGGUAUUGCGGAUGGAACAGUUGAUCCUCAAGGUGUUGUCCUUUGAUCUAUCUACACCAACGGCAUACAUGUUUGUUUGCCUGUAUGCAGCAAUUGAAGAUAUUCCUGACACAGUGAAAUAUCUUUCUAUGUUCUUCUGUGAACUUGCUCUUCUCGAUGCAGAUACCUUUUUGCCCUUCCUCCCUUCGCACUUGGCAGCUGCUUCUUUGGCCCUGGCACGUCUGCAUCAUAGUCAGAGGUUGUGGAAUCGUUCUCUAAGUGAGACAACUGGGUAUACUGUUCAGAAUAUUCAGGAUCUGGUGUGUCUGCUCAAUGAGGCUCAUCAUAAGAGUACCAUGUUGAGUCAGAGAGCCAUUGUGGAUAAAUACCGAUCGUCCAAGUAUCUCUGUGUCUCCGAUGGCAGAAAAUACCUCAAUCUAACGGCGAAAGAUUUUGACACAGUGGCCAAGUCAAUUGCACGCGAAGAGGAAGAAGCUGUCGACCGGGAAACCAAUGAGAAUGUUCGUAAGAUGAUUUCUUCCCUUCUCUUUGAGUGAUCGUAGCGAGAGAAAAACAGAGAGAGAUAAUAUAAAAAUUCUCAGAGUAGGAAAAAAAAUCUGAUUUUGCAAAAAGAAUCUUACAUGCAUCCAUUGAUCUUAAAUAAUCUCAAAACAUUUUUUUAUUUUUAUAUAUUUUUUUUGUAAUUCGACAGAUUAAUUUAAUUAUUAUUAUUAUUUUUUUAAUUUGCCAUGAUCCUAGAAUAUUUUGUAUUAGUGUUUGUUUUUUUUUGUCUUGUAUUCUCUCUCGCUGCCUGCAUUUAUUACAUAUAUGUAUAUUUUCUAUAAGAACAAAAAAAAAGAACAAAAACGAAAUUUUUUUUCCACGAAUAAUCCAAUUUAAGAUAAAUUUUAAUAUAUAUAAAGCAUCUCAAUCAAGCACGUCUAUUUUCUAUUAAUUAUCCAUUUAUUUUGAACUUUGAAUGCAUUCCCCUUUUUAUUUUUUUUUCAAUCCCCGCGAUUGCAUUUGUGAAAAAGAAGUGAAAAAGAAAUAGUUUUUCUUCCAAAUAAGAAUAGUAAAGUGUUGCGCAUUGAAAUACUUAAGAAUGAUUUUUUUUUAAAUUGAAGAAUAAGUGAAUAAUGGAUAGUUGCAACUCCAUAAAAAAAAAGAAUUUGCGCACAAUAAAUGCCUUAAAUUUAAUUGUACAGUAAUUUAUUGUAUUUUGCAACCGAAAAAAGACAAUUUUGCAAGUAAGAAAUCAAUACGUAGUGGUUAAGAUUAAAAUGACGUGUAUAAUGACACUUUUUGCAACGACAUUUUCUUAAUAAAAUAUGAUUCAAAAAUGCAAA